AUGUCGAUUUCGUUGUUUGUUGAUAGUUCUUCUGUGGCGAAACUCUGGGAGCUUGAUACUAUUGGGAUAACCGAUCCUGUAGAAAAAUUGACACGAGAGGUGGCGGCCAAGGAGGCUAAGAAUUUUUUCUAUGAGACUAUCCGAUGUGACAACGAAGGUAGUUAUGAGGUUAUGUUACCUUGGUUGAACAAGCAUCCUUUAAUUUCAGAUAAUUUAGUUGUCGCUAGAAGAAGAUUAGAUACUACUUUAAAUAAGUUGAAAAAGUCCAAUUUGCUUGAAUCGUAUAAUUUAUUAUUCAAUGAGUGGUUGAACGAGGGUGUGAUCGAAAUAGUAAAUAAUCCCGAAGAGAAUAAUUGUGUGCACUAUUUGCCUCACAGGCCCGUUAUUAAAAAUACCAGCGAAACCACGAAAAUUAGGCCAGUCUUUGAUGCAUCAUCUCGUGAACAGGGUCGUCCUUCUUUAAACCAGUGUUUAGAGGUAGGGCCUAAUCUUAUUGAACUUAUUCCUUCUGUGUUAUUACGGUUCAGACAACAAAAAAUAGGUGUUGUGUCGGAUAUUCGAAAGGCUUUUCUUCAAAUUUCUGUACAUUCGAAGGGCAGAGAUUUUUUGAGGAUCCUAUGGGUAAACAAUGAAGGAAAAGUUUGUAUUUCGACAAAGGAGAGUUGUUUUUGGAGUCAACUCUAG